GCGCAGAGGAAUUAGCGUCAAAUUUGUUUAUUUUUUCAUCUUUGAUCAUAAUAAUAAGGCUAUGCAUUGCGAGACUUUCAACAAUCCUUCAUACUACCAUCAGCAUCCUCGGAAGAUUGGUAAUUUUGCCUCAGAUGAAUGUAUCUGGUGAAGAAGGUUCUGGCCGUGUCGACUACGCAAUCAAGAAAACGUCAUUAAUUGUCAAUGUAUCUAGCACCAUUACAGAUCAGUGUAAUAAGAGGUUCCAUAAAGACCAGAUCACUUUUCUGCCAUCUUGUGUGAGUGAUCAGAAAUCAUCAGAUGAUAGGAAAAUGGAUACUUUCUUGGAUUAUACAGAUAAGAAAAUGUCAUCAUCAGAUAGUACAGAAACAACCCUGCCAUCUACUUCACUGAUAUCGCUAAAAGAAUCUUCGGAUUCAAAAACUGAGGAUGAACUACUGGAAGUUAAAGUAAGUGCAUCCAUUGAAUCCGAUUCUCUCAGCUCAGAAACCAAUCAGAAUAGUGUAUUGAAGAUGCAAAUGGAAGCCCUAGUUUCAGCUGAAGAGGACCCUUGGGAGAAGAUAAUUAGAGAAACUUUUAAGAAGGAUGGGAUAGAGAAAGAAAGGGAGAAAAAAACGUCAUCAAAUGUAGUAACUCCAGUUAAGGGGUUGCGUAGCAAUCAGGCAAAUGACUACGAUGAU